AUGGAAACCGUGUCGGAACGCUGCGGGCGUGCGGCCGCCUCGGUCCUCACCCCUGCAGCCCACUUAACCCAGAACCUGCAAAGACCGCCGGGUGCGGUGACAUCUGUUCACACUCAGCUGCUCCAUCAGACGCCAGCAGCCGACCGUGCCGACAGCUCUGUCCAAGUCCAGCAAAAGAGCUCAGCUGUUGUCCAGAAAAAAUCCUACGUCCCCGCUAGCAAGGGCGAAUACAUCGUCACCAAACUCGAUGACCUGGUCAACUGGGCGCGAAGGAGCUCCUUAUGGCCGAUGACGUUUGGCCUGGCGUGCUGCGCCGUGGAGAUGAUGCACAUGGCGGCUCCGCGCUACGACAUGGACCGCUUUGGGGUGGUGUUUCGAGCUAGUCCCCGGCAAGCUGAUGUCAUGAUUGUGGCCGGCACCCUGACAAACAAAAUGGCUCCGGCUCUUCGAAAGGUCUACGACCAGAUGCCGGAGCCGCGCUACGUGGUCUCCAUGGGGAGCUGUGCCAACGGCGGGGGGUACUACCACUCUCGGGUCCUGCCGCCGCCGCUGGCCAUUCCCGCCGCGCAGGGUUGCCCACCCACUGCUGAAGCUUUGCUCUAUGGGAUCCUGCAGCUUCAGAAGAAAAUCAAACGGGAGAAGAGGAUUCAGAUCUGGUACAGGAAAUAA